GCUUCGGGAAUAGGGAUCGGGAUUAUGACUUCUUAGUUGAUAAUUUUUUUAAUACUUUCGUUCGGUAUAUGUAAUAACAAUACAAUAUUAUUAUAUAGUAAAUCAUAAUCAUAUUUUACAGCAUUUUUAUUUUUUAAAUUUUAAUUUCUCUAUACACAUAGCAUAUACUUGGAUUGUAUAUGUUUAUUACCCAAUAAUCUGUACCUAAUAGUUAUGUUUGUUUUAACUGAAGUAUAAAAUUAUUUGUUUAUUAUAAUUUAUAAUGGCUAAUCAUUAUGAUGUUCCCAACUGGGCUGGUAAACCUCCUGUAGGGUUACACUUGGACGUAUUAAAAGGAGACAAAUUAAUUCAAAAAUUAAUGUUGGAUCAGAAAAAGUGCUACUUAUUUGGACGUAAUGCACAAAUGAGUGACUUUUGUAUUGAUCAUCAAUCAUGUUCAAGAGUUCAUGCUGCAUUUGUCUACCACAAACAUUUAAAUAGAGCAUUUUUAGUUGAUCUUGGAUCUACUCAUGGUACAUACAUUGGUAGCAUUAGAAUUGAAGCCGAUAAACCCACUCAAUUACCAAUAAAUAGUCAGUUUCAUUUUGGUGCAUCUACUCGAACAUACAUUAUUCGGGAACGUCCCCAAUCUACAUCAGCUUUUGGACCUCGUCCAAUAAUGGACCAGUUAGAGAGAGAAUCUGAUCAUGCAUCUAGCUUAUUAGGACUUCCAGAAACUGAUCUUGAACUUGAUAAUUUGACUGAAUUUAAUACGGCACAAAAUCGACGAAUAUCAAUGCUUGGUAUAUCAGAUGAUGCAUUAAAAACAAAACGAAAACGUACAAGAGGUGUCCAUUUCAAUGAAGAUGAGCAGAUAAUCAAUCCAGAAGAUAUUGAUCCAUCAGUUGGCCGUUUCAGAAACCUAAUAAGAACUACUGUUAUACCUAAUAAAAAAUUCAAAGAUGGUAUGGGUUUUGCUAUUGACCAAAAUACUGCUAAUGGUCAAAAUAAAAACUACAUGAAAAAUAUGAUUCCUGGUGCACAUUUACACAAUUCACUUUACAGUGAUAUUCCUGGUCCAGAUGGUGACAAUAAGCAGCAUGGUUUCUUAUCAUCAAUUGGAAAUCGUCUUGGUAUGAAUUUACCAAAUCCUGCACCAGAUGUUGAUAUUAACCCUAGUAUAGAAGAAAUAGUCCUUCCCAAUCCAGUAGUGUCUGAAAAAGUUGAACCCGCUUCAACAGAGCCUAAAAAGAAAAAAUAUGCAAAAGAGGCAUGGCCUGGGAAAAAAAAUGCACCAGCAUUGCUUGUUUAAAGUAUUUAUACGUUUUUUUUAUACCUGUCCAUUUUUUUCAUCUACAAUUUGGUAAUUAAUUAUUAUGUAAUCAUUUAUUAAUGAGUAAUGACUUCUUGAGAUUUUUUAUUUUUACCUCUGUGAAAAUAAUUUGGAAUACUAUCUUACUGGAUAUUAGCUGUUUGUUACUGUAUAAGUAUGUGUUUGGUAUUAAUAAAAUGUGUAAUGUUGUAUAACUA